AUGCCAGCUCUUCAGCACCUCCGCCCCCGCUCUGGAAGCUCAGACAUGAAAGCCACCGUGACUCCCGCCAUCAUGAAACUCCUAAUCGCCCUCGUCGUUCUCCUAGCCUUCAGUUUCCUUUGCGUCGGUAUCCUAUUGCUCCUCCGCUCUCGCCGUAACAGCCAGAAACCCCUACAAGGCGAGGAGAAAUUGCCUCAACGAUCAAGUUCAAGGAUCUCCCACCGUCGUCACGGUGCCAACACUGCCCCGAUCGAUACCUAUCGCAGCGAAAAGGAAAUGUUAGUCGAGAAGGACGAGUCUGCCACUCCCGACAGUCCUGUGCCGGAGAUUCGAAUUACUUUUCCCGACGAGGUAGAUGAGAAGGAUGGACGGACCAGUUCUGGGAGGGUUGUUAAGGUGACAAUGAGUGAGAAGGGAGGAGUAGGGCUGGAACCUUACCAGGAGGAACAGUUGCCACCCUAUGAGCCGUCUGAAGGAAGAUUGCAAUCUGUGGAUUUAGAGCGGAUAGGAGGGUUGAAGGAGAAAGAGGCGAAGGCUUGA